AUGUCAAUUGUCCAUAUCAACAACCUCUCGUACGCCCAGGUACUCAGCCUGGAGCAAGCAAGCAUAGCCCUCGAAUCCGAGUUUGUCUGUCUGACCAAGGUCCGCGAAAUCUUGGGCCGCAUGGGCGGAUACUGGAAUCUCGACUCCCGCUCGAUCAUGAAAAUCACUGCAGGCACGCUUGAGGAGGCGAUCGAGGGCAUGCAGACCAUGGCCAGCAUAUUCCAAGAGUACGACGGAGACGUUGAGCCCGGGUGCCAGACCGACGUGCAGAUGAAGGCGUUUAUCGUUCGCGCCAAUGCGUGGGUCAGGGUUAACCGCCUGAGCAAGACCAAGAAACACCUAUGCGGUGACGCGUGGACCACAUCACGCCUCGUCUUCGACGCGACUUCGCGCGGCUCCUAUGGGACUGGCGCCGACGCGCCUAUGCGCACGGCGGACGCGUCGGCUGAUCUUAUUGACUACGACGAGGAGGAGGAGGAGGCUCUCCAGCCGACCACCACCACCGAGACCGCCGAUGCUGAGGUCGCCGAGGGCGGUGAUGACGCCGCCCAGGCUGACGACGCCGCUGCCCCCAAGGCUGACGGCAAGGACAACAAGGGCAGUUAUGUUGGUGUGCACUCGACCAGCUUCCGCGACUUCCUCAUGAAGCCCGAGCUGCUGCGUGCCAUCGUUGACUGCGGCUUCGAGCACCCGUCGGAGGUCCAGCAGGAGACUAUCCCUGCCGCCAUCAACGGUAACGAUGUUCUGUGCCAGGCCAAGUCCGGUCUCGGCAAGACCGCCGUGUUCGUCCUGGCAACGCUCAACAAGAUCACGCCGGUUCCGGGCGCCGUGUCAACCAUUGUCCUGUGCCACACGCGUGAGCUUGCGUUCCAGAUCCGCAACGAGUACGUCCGGUUCAGCAAGUAUCUGCCGGACAUCAAGACUGAGGUGUUCUACGGUGGCGUUGCCAUCAAGAAGGACCAGGAGAUCCUGAGCGACAAGGAGAAGUGCCCGAACAUCGUUGUCGGCACUCCGGGCCGUGUCCUCCAGCUGGUGCGCGAGAAGUCGCUGCGUCUGAGCUCGGUCAACAGCUUUGUCAUUGACGAGUGCGACAAGGUCCUUGACUCGCUUGAUAUGAGACGCGACGUCCAGGACAUUUUCCUUGCGACCCCUCACAACAAGCAGGUGCUCAUGUUCAGCGCUACGCUCAGCAAGGAGAUCCGCCCCGUGUGCAAGAAGUUCAUGCAGGACCCGCGCGAGAUCUUUGUCGACGACGAGGCCAAGCUGACGCUGCACGGUCUGCAGCAGUACUACGUCACCCUGACCGAGAAGGACAAGAACCGCAAGCUCAGCGACCUGCUCGACUCGCUCGAGUUCAACCAGGUCGUGAUCUUUGUCAAGUCGCAGGAGGAGCGCAUCGCCAAGUACAAGGAGUUCAAGGACUUCACCAAGCGCAUCAUGGUCGCCACCGACAUCUUUGGCCGUGGUAUCGAUGUCGAGCGCGUCAACAUCGUCAUCAACUACGAUAUCUCGGACUCGGCUGAUGCGGUCUCGCCAUCACCGUUUGUCUCGACCGAGGAGGACAAGUCGGUGCUCGAGUCGGUGCAGGAGCGCUUCGAGGUCAACGUCACCGAGCUGCCCGCCAACAUCGACCCCAAGACCUACAUGACGUCGUAA